GUAUCACUAGAGCGCCCUUCUCCUUCAAUUUUCAAUCACCGUAGCUACCACCACAUACGAUUACUCUCUCUCUCUCUCUGUUUGAUAUUCACGUCCUCGCAUCUUUUCGAUCUUUCUCCCUCGAAAUUAGGGUUUACGGCUUCCUAUUUCAACCUCUCCGAUGCGAUGUUCCCCGGCUAACUCCGCCUACAAUCGCCGCCGGUUAACGGAUCCAACCACGUCCUCCUUCUACCCUUUCUCACUCUUCCAUAUUCUUUUUCAGCAUGUUUUGGAAACUCCCCUCUAUCUCUGCCUCCUCUCCUGUGGAGGCACUAUUGGACAAGGAGAACUUCACUUUGGAAGAGCUUCUGGAUGAAGAGGAAAUAAUACAAGAAUGCAAGGCUUUAAAUAGCCGUCUCAUCAACUUUCUCAGAGAUAGAGCUCAGGUUGAGCAAUUGCUAUGCUACAUUAUCGAAGAACCACCGGAAGAUGCUGAAAACAAACGGCUCUUCAAGUUUCCAUUCAUUGCCUGUGAGAUCUUUACAUGUGAAAUUGAUGUCAUUUUGAAGACCUUGGUGGAUGAAGAAGAGCUCAUGAACUUAUUAUUCUCCUUCUUGGAGCCCGAUCGUUCUCAUAGUACCUUACUGGCUGGUUACUUUAGCAAGGUUGUUAUUUGUCUAAUGAUUCGAAAGACAGUGCCACUUAUGAAUUAUGUUCAAACCCAUCAGCAUGUUUUUCGCCAACUGGUUGAUUUAAUAGGAAUUACAUCCAUUAUGGAGGUUUUGGUUCGAUUAGUAGGUGCUGAUGACCAUGCAUAUCCCAAUUUUAUAGAUGUGAUGCAAUGGUUGGCUGAGAGCAACCUGCUAGAGAUGAUUGUUGAUAAACUAAGCCCAUCUAGUCCUCCUGAAGUUCAUGCCAAUGUAGCUGAAACAUUAUGUGCAAUAACUCGAAUUGCAUCAUCUACUCUGGCAAUUAAACUUUCAAGUCCAAGUUUUGUUGCAAAAAUUUUAGGUUAUGCAUUGGAAGAUUCACAAUCAAAGUCUAGCCUUGUCAACUCACUUUCAGUGUGUAUUUCUUUGUUGGAUCCCAAAAAAUCAGCUGUUUCAUCUUCACUUUUUCUCUCAUUCCGAAGUCAAAACAUGUAUGAGCCACAAAUUCCUGUAAACCCAGAUACUGUUGGUGCAAUGCUCCCUAAACUUGGUGAAUUGCUUGUGCUUUUGGAUGUGUCAUCCGAUGAAAAGGUAUUGCCUACAACAUAUGGUGAAUUGAAACCUCCACUUGGCAAGCAUCGAUUAAAGAUUGUGGAAUUCAUUGCAGUACUUUUAAAAACUGGAAAUGAAGUGGCGGAAAAAGAAUUGGUCAACUCUGGGACCAUCCGACGCGUCAUCGAUCUUUUCUUUGAGUAUCCAUACAAUAACUCAUUACACCAUCACAUAGAAAGUAUCAUAUUGUCAUGUUUGGAGAGCAAAAUAGACGCCAUUGUUGAUCAUCUUCUUCGAGAGUGUGAUUUAGUUGGAAGGUUUCUCGAAGCAGAUAAACAUUGUAUUCUUUCUGCUGAAAGCAAUCAGCGAACAGUCCCUGCUGCUGGAAACCUGGCAACACGGGUAGGAAACAUUGGACAUAUUACUCGAAUAGCUAAUAAACUUGUUCACUUGGCACACAACCGAAGCAACAUUCUAGCAUGUCUUCAGGAGAACAGUAAAUGGAAUGAGUGGCAAGCUACAGUUCUUCAGGAGCGUAAUGUGGUUGAGAAUGUUCACCGUUGGGCUUGUGGACGUCCAACUGCAUUACAAGAUAGGAUGAGGGAUAGUGAUGAUGAUGACCUUCAUGACAGAGACUAUGAUGUUGCAGCUUUAGCAAAUAAUUUGAGCCAGGCAUUUAUAUACAAAAUUUAUGGAAAGGAGGAUAAUGAAGAGGAACGUGGUGGUCAUGAUCGAGAUGAUGAGGAUACCUACUUCGACGAUGAUUCUGCUGAAGUAGUCAUAUCGUCCCUAAGACUUGGUGAUGAUCAAGGGAGUAAUCUGUUUACAAACUCCAACUGGUUUGCAUUCCAAGAUGACAGAAAUGUUGACGCUCCUGGGUCCACAUCAUCCUCUGAGAUGAUGGAUGAAAUAAACUUGAAUGGAGCUGCAAAUGGUGGUAGCAACAGUAGUGACGAUGAGGUAGUGGUUGAUGAGGAUGAAGAAUUGGCUGACAGCAAAAAUACCACGAAUGGUACUUCUAGCUCAAGCUCAAGCUUAUUUAGCGGAUUAACUCCUUGUGAUUCCGUGGAUGAGGGUGUUUUAAACUUUGAAAAUGAGAAGGCAAGGGCUUCGCAUGAUAUGGGAUUCUUCAGGUUUGAGGCAUCGGACAAUCAGGACUUGUUUAGAGAUAGGCAUUUACCUGAUUGGGUAGGAUGGGGUGAACCAUCAGAUAUGCAAGUUGCCAGCUCAAGCAUGAACCCCUUUGUGGAUCACGAUGAGUCUGGAAAUAAUAUGUCGAGAAAGCCUGAAGUAGGCAGCCCUCGUCUGAGUUCUUCAAAUGGGGAAUCUGUACCUUCAAAUGGGUCACCAACCAAUAGAGAUUCAAUCAACGGCGGUGGUGACUCGAGUCAGAGAUCCGUAGCAGUACCCUCACUCUUUGAAGAGGAUGUUGAAUUUGUAGGUGUAGAAUUAGAAGGUGCUGAGAAGGCAAUGGAUCAGGCUCUCAACGAAGGGAUAGUUGGGGAAGCGGGACCAUUGAAAAAAAACAUAGUCUCGGAAGUGCCGGAAAAGGAAAAUUCUGAAGAGGGCAGCCCUGGAAUGAAGGAGUUCAAUGAUGCAAAUUACUGGAGGGUUGAUCAAGAGGUUGCUGUUCGGGAGUGAUGAACACGGUGAUAAAUCUUGGUUUCAUUGUUUGUAUGAAAAAUUGGGCUAACACCAGUGGACCUUAUUCUCGGUUCGCAAGGUUAUGCAACAAAUUAGUGUACAGUAUAUUUUUGUUUCAAUUUCUUUCUUUUUCUGUUGUUUCUGCUCAUUAGAUAUUUAGCUUGUUUAUUAAUUCGAAGUUUUGCCCCUUCCUAAAAGUGAUAUAAAGCAAUUCUGACAUUUAUUGAACAUUUAUUCUGGUCUUCAUGUUGAUUUUUAUUUGCAUUCGUUAUUAAUGCGGCUGCCCAUUAAUAAGUUAGCCAGAGUGUAAUUUUCUACAUCAGCGAGGAUUAAACGCUUCAUGUUGGUGAAUCUUUGUAUCGUCUGUACAUAACGAG